UAUCAACCAACCUCUAAAAUCCAGCGGAAUGAACGGACAGCCACUGUUGGGUAACUCAUUUAUCCGAAAGCGUUCAUAGAUGUUUGAGCAACACUAAUUACAUGUGAUUUAUCUCUUUGUUCAGCUAUUUUAAUGACAGUGCGACGUGUUUAUUAUGAACACGGUCCCUGUGAGGCUCUGCUGCUCUGCAUUGCUGUUAGUGAAAGACUCACUUCUCUCUGCUUCUCCUCGGUCAGUCGCACUCCGUGAUUCUCGCUUCAACUGGACCGUUUUCCAGUUUUUCCGGACAAUGGCCACCAAUAAUAAUAAUAAUAGUAAUAAUUUCCCGGGUCCGAGGAAAGCCAAGCAUAAAGAGCCACUGCGCAGAGUGAAGACCAAAGAGAGCAGAGGUAAACGGGGAGACAGUCAUGGACCGUCCACCGUUUACCUGCAGGUGGUCGGUGCUGGCAGCAGAGACAAUGCUGCGUCUCUUUAUGUCUUCUCCGAAUUCAACAGGUACCUGUUCAACUGUGGUGAAGGAACACAGAGACUCAUGCAGGAACACAAGUUGAAAGCUGCUCGUUUGGACAACAUCUUCCUGACCAGACUGAGCUGGGAGAAUGUGGGAGGUUUAUCAGGGAUGAUACUAACUUUGAAGGACACUGGUGUCCCUGAGUGUGUUCUCUCUGGACCUCCGCAGCUGGAGAACUAUCUGAGUGCCAUCAAGUCAUUUUCUGGACCGCUGGAAGACAUCAAGCUGUCGGUUCGACCAUACACUGAAGCGAUGUACAAGGACGAAACCAUGACGGUUUAUCAGGUCCCAAUAUUUGCAGCCAAAUCGAAGGAUGAUGGCAGAAAACUGUCCCCCGCUCGCAGCAGCCCCACCCAGGGCUCUCCGAAGGAAGAUGACUUUUACAUUAAAAACAGUGCAGAUAAUCCCGGUGAAAGACGAACAGCAGCGAGAGAUACUUCUUUGAUGGUUGCCUUUGUGUGUAAGCUUCACCCCAAGAAAGGAAACUUCUUAGUUGCUCAAGCCAGAGAGCUCGGACUACCCAUAGGCACAGCAGCCAUCGGUCCACUCAUCGCAGCUCUGAAAGACGGGAAAAGCAUCACGUAUGAAGGAAAAGAGAUCCGACCUGAGCAGGUUUGUACUCCCACUGACCCAGGACCAGUCUUCAUGGUAGUCGAGUGUCCGUCUGAGGAGUUUGUCGACGCUGUUUGCACCAAUCAGCAGCUGAGAAGAUACCAGACAGGAAAGACAGAAGACGUUGCAGCGCUGGUCGUCCACAUGACUCCGGAGUCUGUCCUGAAAACAGAUCAGUACAAGAAGUGGAUGGAGAGGUUUCCCUCCACAACAGAACACCUGAUUCUCAAUGAACAGGUUUGUACGGUCCAUAACGUCAGGAGUCAUAAGAUCCAGGCGCAGCUCAACAUGAUUCACCCAGAGAUCUUUCCACAGCUUAGAGCUUACAGAGCAAAGGAGCCUCAGGCUGCCUUACACGUCCCAAAUGUCAGAGCCGAGUGUCUGCUCAAGUUCCAGCUCAGACCCGUAAUGGAGUGGCAAAGAGAUGCCAUCCCCUUCUGCAACUCUGAAGAGUUUGUGAAAGAGGCUUCUGAGGUCCCAAACUUUCUGGCAGAAGUGGACAAGUGCAAGAAGAUUUGCUCCACUGGCGCUGCACAGCUUUCUGAUCAAGGAAAAAAAUACCCAGAGGUGGUUUUCUUGGGAACAGGAUCAGCUCUUCCGAUGAAGAUCAGAAACGUCAGCGGCACUUUAGUUAAUAUCAGCCCGAGUCAGUCUGUGCUGCUGGACUGUGGAGAGGGAACCUUCGAUCAGCUCUGCAGACACUACGGGGACGACGUGGACGACGCUCUGUCCAAGAUCUCUACAGUCUUCAUCUCACAUUUGCACGCCGACCAUCACACAGGGCUGCUGAAGCUGCUGUACCAGAGGGAAAGAGCGCUGACAACCCUUGGGAAGCCGUUUAGCCCCAUCUACCUGGUGGCUCCGGCUCAGAUCAUGACCUGGCUCAACCAAUAUCAUCACUACUGCGAGGAGAUCCUCAGUCAUAUCAAUGUGAUCCCAAACACAUUUCUGUGUGACGGCGCUGAGGUGCCCAAGCAGAGGACGAAGUCACUCAUCCAGGGUUUACUGAAAAAGAACGAUCUGGAGAAGUUCGAGACAUGCAUUGUGCGUCACUGCAAGAACGCCUUCGCCUGCAGCUUCACCCACCGGUCCGGCUGGAAACUCGCCUUUUCUGGCGACACUAUGCCCUGCAACGCAUUCGUAAACAUCGGAAAGAAUGCGACCUUCCUAAUCCACGAGGCCACGCUGGAAGAUGAGCUGGCGGAGGAAGCUGUAGAGAAGAGGCAUAGCACGACAUCCCAGGCCAUCGGUAUCGGCAUGAAAAUGAACGCUGACUUCAUCAUGCUGAACCACUUUAGCCAGCGAUAUGCAAAAAUACCGCUUUUCAAUGAGGACUUCAAUGACAGGGUGGGAAUAUCAUUUGACCACAUGAGGAUUUGCUUUGGAGACUUUAAAAUCCUCCCCAAACUCAUUCCCGCACUCAAAACCCUCUUUGCCGAGGAGAUCGGCGAGAUGGAGGAGCGAAGGGAGAAGAGGGAGAUGAGAAAUCCAAGAGGAAGCGGUGCCCAUUGGGCCGGAGAGCCGAAGACGUCCGGAGGGUCCGAGAUCGACAGAGGAGCCAAAAGAGAGCAAGAGGAGGCGGCGACAGACGAUGUAGAAAUGAAGAGGCUGAAAACCAGCUGAUUGAACAGAGUUUCAUUGAAUCCUGAGUUCAGAAAAAAAGGACUUUAAAUUAGAGAGUCAUGCAUUAUUUUAUUUAAAUGAACUGGUGAUUUUUAUUUGGCUUGUGUGGUUUGGCUGAAGAUGAUAUGUUGCUUGCAUUGCAGUGUGCAAAUCUAAGGGAUGAAUAUAGUUUGUUUUUCAUCAAACAGAAUAAAGCAAUACCACAGUUUCUAUAGAUUCA